CCCGUAAUCGUCGAAAUGGCGACAAUCGUUGAGUGCUCGAUCUCCUUCGCCUGCAUGCGUUCAUAGCUCGAAUCACCGCUUUCUCCUCGCACCUGCGCGUUCACCAGACACUCCAUAAACAAUGGUGAGCAGUGCUGCUAUGUGUGUGGUCGAGAUCUUCUCUGCCUUGACGUCGCUCUCGCUAAUCUGCAGCCCAGCUAUCGCCAUGUCCCGCAUCUUCAGCCAGAAGAACGUAGGUGUGGCGUCCGUGUUUCCCUUGGCCACGUUACUAGCGAACUCUCACAUGUGGAUGCUCUACGGAUACAUGAUCAAGAACUGGUUCCCCGUUUUCUGGGUCUUCCUCUUCGGUGACGCGGUCGGCGUGCUCUACCUGGUCGUUUACUGGAGAUACACGCCCGACCGCAGAUAUGUAGCUCGCGUCCUUGGUGUCACACUCGUAGUGUUGUUUGCUGCCACGCUCUACGCUAUCAUUGGCGGUUUCGGGUACACAGGGCAAACCAGAGGACAAGUUGGCUCCACCGUUGGAGUCCUGUGCGACGUCGUCGCCGUUUGUCUAUACGGCGCCCCCAUGGAGAAACUCUUCCAGGUCCUCAAAUACAGGUCAGCCGCCUUCAUCAAUGUGCACAUGGUCAUCGCUAGUCAGUCGAAUAACAUCAUGUGGUUCACUUACGGUGUGCUCACGGAGAACUGGUACAUCAUUUCGCCCAAUAUUCUGUUCAUCACACUCAACUCGUCCACAUUGGUACUCUAUCUGGUCUUCAAUCCGAAGACACACCCGCUUCCUGACGACUUCAACUUACACGCCACGAUCCAAGACUCAGUAAUAGAGUCUUCAAACAAGACUGUUUACAGCGAAGGUGUGAAUUCCUGUAGCCCCGCUUUCGACGCCGUACGGUCACCCCCAGGGACUCUUGUGUAGUAAAAUAAUUUCCCCCGCAGCAACAUCAACGCCUGCAUGCUACGUAAGAGAACUACAAAUUGAAUUGAUUCUUUUGCAACGGA